AUGGCCCGUACGCGCCGCAUCAUGGGCAAUGACACGCGUCCUGGUCACAAGGGCUAUCUGGAGGUUACCGUUCACCCGCGCUUUUUUGGUGCCGUCAUCGACGCCGUUUCUGGAUUUGUUGAUACGGUAACGGACGCCGUAGACGGCAUUCCCUUUGUAGAAACCGCCGUGUCCUUGGCCCUGGGUCCCGUUACGGGUGCACUAGAAACAGUUGACCGUGUGGUGAACGAAGUGGAGAAUGUUGUGGGGGCUAUCAACUACAUCACCGGAAAUGAUGAGACUGAGGAGGACACCGGGAGUAGCGGUGGGAGUGAGAGCUGCCCCGGUUGCCCGGCGGCCUGGAUGGGGGACGGGUUCUGUGACGACGCUUGCUUUACGGCAUCCUGCGGCUUCGAUCUGGGGGACUGUGACGGG